CGUCCUCAUGGCGCAGGUGGCUUUGUGCUUUGUCCUAAGCCAGGAUGGCGGCCCAGGUGACCCUGGAGGAUGCGCUGUCCAAUGUGGACCUCCUGGAAGAGCUGCCUCUGCCCGACCAGCAGCCCUGCAUCGAGCCCCCACCAUCCUCACUGCUCUACCAGCCAAAUUUCAACACUAAUUUUGAAGACAGAAAUGCAUUUGUCACCGGCAUUGCAAGAUACAUUGAACAGGCGACCAUCCAUUCUAGCAUGAAUGAGAUGCUGGAGGAAGGCCAAGAAUACGCUGUCAUGCUGUACACCUGGAGGAGCUGCUCCCGGGCCAUCCCGCAGGUGAAAUGUAACGAACAGCCUAAUAGAGUGGAAAUUUAUGAGAAAACUGUGGAGGUCCUUGAGCCUGAGGUCACAAAACUGAUGAAUUUUAUGUACUUCCAGAGAAACGCCAUCGAGCGCUUCUGUGGGGAGGUGAGGCGCCUGUGCCACGCGGAGAGGAGGAAGGACUUCGUGUCGGAGGCCUACCUCAUCACCCUGGGCAAGUUCAUCAACAUGUUCGCUGUGUUGGACGAGCUGAAGAACAUGAAAUGCAGCGUCAAGAACGACCACUCCGCCUACAAGAGGGCUGCUCAGUUUUUACGUAAAAUGGCAGACCCACAGUCCAUCCAGGAAUCACAGAACCUGUCCAUGUUCCUGGCCAACCACAACAAGAUCACACAAUCUCUGCAGCAGCAGCUCGAAGUGAUUUCUGGCUAUGAAGAGCUCUUAGCGGACAUCGUGAACCUGUGUGUGGAUUACUACGAGAACAGGAUGUAUCUGACGCCCAGUGAGAAACACAUGCUUCUCAAAGUCAUGGGCUUUGGCCUGUACUUGAUGGAUGGUAGUGUCAGCAACAUUUAUAAACUAGAUGCCAAGAAAAGAAUAAACUUAUCCAAAAUCGACAAGUACUUCAAGCAGCUCCAGGUGGUUCCGCUGUUCGGGGACAUGCAAAUAGAGCUGGCGAGAUACAUCAAGACCAGCGCCCACUACGAGGAAAAUAAAUCUCGGUGGACGUGCACGUCCUCCAGCAGCAGCCCGCAGUACAACAUCUGCGAGCAGAUGGUCCAGAUCCGGGAGGACCACAUGCGCUUCAUCUCGGAGCUGGCGCGCUACAGCAACAGCGAGGUGGUCACGGGCUCCGGCCGCCAGGAGGCGCAGAAGACGGACGCCGAGUACCGGAAGCUCUUCGACCUGGCGCUGCAGGGCCUGCAGCUGCUGUCCCAGUGGAGCGCUCACGUGAUGGAAGUGUAUUCUUGGAAGCUCGUGCACCCCACUGACAAGUACUCCAACAAGGACUGCCCCGACAACGCCGAGGAGUACGAGCGCGCCACCCGCUACAACUACACCAGCGAGGAGAAGUUCGCCCUGGUGGAGGUCAUCGCCAUGAUCAAAGGCUUGCAGGUGCUGAUGGGCAGGAUGGAGAGCGUGUUCAACCACGCCAUCCGCCACACCAUCUACGCCGCGCUGCAGGACUUCUCCCAGGUCACCCUGAGGGAGCCGCUCAGGCAGGCCAUCAAGAAGAAGAAGAACGUCAUCCAGAGUGUCCUGCAGGCCAUUAGGAAGACCGUGUGCGACUGGGAGACAGGGCACGAGCCCUUCAACGACCCGGCCCUGCGGGGCGAGAAGGACCCCAAGAGCGGCUUCGACAUCAAAGUGCCGCGGCGCGCCGUGGGACCCUCCAGCACCCAGCUUUACAUGGUGAGAACCAUGCUAGAGUCCCUCAUAGCAGACAAAAGUGGUUCCAAGAAAACCUUGAGAAGUAGCCUGGAGGGGCCCACCAUAUUGGACAUAGAAAAAUUUCAUCGAGAGUCAUUCUUCUACACCCACUUGAUAAAUUUCAGUGAGACGCUCCAGCAGUGCUGUGACCUUUCGCAGCUGUGGUUCCGAGAGUUCUUCCUGGAGCUGACGAUGGGCAGGAGGAUCCAGUUCCCCAUCGAGAUGUCCAUGCCCUGGAUCCUGACAGACCAUAUCCUGGAGACCAAAGAGGCCUCGAUGAUGGAGUACGUCCUCUACUCGCUGGACCUGUACAACGACAGCGCCCACUACGCCCUCACCAAGUUCAACAAGCAGUUCCUCUAUGAUGAAAUCGAGGCAGAGGUGAAUCUAUGCUUUGACCAAUUUGUUUAUAAGCUGGCGGACCAGAUAUUUGCCUAUUAUAAGGUUAUGGCGGGAAGUUUGCUUCUUGAUAAACGGUUACGGUCCGAAUGCAAGAAUCAAGGGGCGACAAUCCAUCUCCCGCCGUCCAACCGCUACGAGACGCUGCUCAAGCAGAGACACGUGCAGCUCCUGGGCAGGUCCAUAGACCUCAAUCGUCUGAUUACACAGCGCGUCUCGGCCGCCAUGUACAAGUCCCUGGAACUGGCAAUUGGGCGAUUUGAGAGUGAAGACCUGACAUCAAUAGUUGAGCUAGAUGGCCUCCUGGAAAUCAACCGCAUGACCCACAAGCUGCUGAGCAGGUACCUGACUCUGGACAGCUUCGACGCCAUGUUCCGGGAGGCCAACCACAACGUGUCGGCGCCCUACGGCAGAAUCACCCUCCACGUCUUCUGGGAGCUCAACUAUGACUUCCUGCCCAACUACUGCUACAACGGCUCCACCAACCGAUUUGUUCGGACAGUAUUACCAUUUUCUCAAGAAUUUCAAAGAGAUAAACAGCCAAAUGCACAACCCCAGUAUUUGCACGGAUCAAAGGCUUUGAACCUGGCCUACUCGAGCAUUUAUGGCAGCUACCGCAACUUCGUGGGGCCCCCGCACUUCCAGGUCAUCUGCCGGCUGCUGGGCUACCAGGGCAUCGCGGUGGUCAUGGAGGAGCUGCUGAAGGUGGUCAAGAGCCUGCUGCAAGGCACGAUCCUGCAGUACGUGAAGACGCUGAUGGAGGUGAUGCCCAAGGUCUGCCGGCUGCCUCGGCACGAGUACGGCUCCCCCGGCAUCCUGGAGUUCUUCCACCACCAGUUGAAGGACAUCGUUGAGUACGCGGAGCUGAAGACAGUGUGCUUCCAGAACCUGCGGGAGGUGGGCAACGCCGUCCUCUUCUGCCUGCUCAUCGAGCAGAGCCUGUCUUUAGAAGAAGUCUGUGACCUGCUGCACGCAGCCCCUUUCCAGAACAUCUUGCCGAGAGUCCACGUGAAAGAGGGAGAGAGACUUGAUGCCAAAAUGAAAAGGCUAGAAUCCAAGUACGCCCCACUGCAUCUGGUCCCUCUGAUUGAAAGACUGGGAACCCCUCAGCAAAUUGCAAUAGCGAGAGAGGGGGACUUGCUGACAAAGGAGCGUCUCUGCUGCGGCCUGUCCAUGUUCGAAGUCAUCCUGACUCGGAUCCGGACCUUUCUGGACGACCCCAUCUGGCGUGGGCCGCUGCCCAGCAACGGGGUCAUGCACGUGGAUGACUGCGUUGAGUUCCACAGACUGUGGAGUGCCAUGCAGUUUGUCUACUGCAUUCCCGUGGGGACCCACGAGUUCACCGUCGAGCAGUGUUUCGGCGACGGGCUCCACUGGGCCGGCUGCAUGAUCAUCGUGCUGCUCGGGCAGCAGCGGCGCUUCGCCGUGCUGGAUUUCUGCUACCAUCUCCUCAAAGUCCAGAAACACGACGGCAAAGAUGAAAUUAUCAAAAACGUGCCUCUGAAGAAGAUGGUGGAGAGAAUUCGCAAGUUCCAGAUUCUCAAUGACGAGAUAAUCACCAUCUUGGACAAGUACUUGAAGUCGGGCGACGGCGAGAACACGCCGGUGGAGCACGUUCGCUGCUUCCAGCCACCCAUCCACCAGUCCCUGGCCAGCAGCUGA